UAGAGUAGGAGGCGGGAAAGGGGAAGAAUUGUUUUUGUGAUAGAAACUUAAAGGAUCGCUUAUCAUUCCAUACGCAAACCGAUUUUUAUCUUUGAGUGCAAGUAGAUUGGACAGGCUGGAUUCGAACCUUCCUUUUAAGCUGUGGUCAGCGAAGAGCAGACACUAUUCGAACCUUCAAAGCAAUUGGUAAAGAUGGAAGAGAGCAGCAUUGCAGAUCCAUCAACGACUGCCCGGUGGUCGGCUGCUAUGCAAAGUGACAAAAUAGUUCCUCAGUGGUCACUAAGACAAAGCUGUUUGUGCCGUGUGAAAGACAGUGUCCUAGGAUGGAGCAGAGGUAGGAGGAACAGCGUACCUGCACAGUCGAAUGAAAAUCCCUUCUACGAAUAUCCGAUUGACUUGAGACACGAGCUUCUCAUCAACCUGUUGCGCUUGAAACCGACUGGCCGUGAAUUGCUGAAAGCUGCGGAGCUCCUGGUGUCUUCCGGAAUCCCUUCUUUUGACUUGAGCUGCCUGGACGAUUGCAAGUUCAGCGACGUGAGAAAUGUCCUGGAAGUCCUGACAAAAACUGGAUUCUGCCUGAAAGAGCUUACCAUAGCCGGACAGUGGUUGUUCCACGAUUUUAGUGACUCUUUAGUGCAGGAGAUGCUGCGAUCCUGCCCCAACUUGAGAUCCUUGAAACUACAGCACACAACUCAUGAGGGAAAGGAGUUGGAAAUCGCCCUCCGACACUGUCCGAAGUUGCAGCGCCUCGAGAUCAUGCAUCCAUCCAUUGACGAAAGUGACAUCGAAGACCUGGUGGAGAUCAUCAAAGACGACCCAGCCUUCGAGCAUGUGAAACGGACAUUAGUAGAAAUUCGGCUUCCUUCAUCUGUGAAUGGUCGUGGUGUGUUAAAAUUGCUAAAAGCGCUUCCUAAUUUGCAAUACAUCUCUUGUACUUACCUUGAUCAAGUCAUCGACGAGCUUGAGGACCUCCAGGAUUUGAAUGAACUGUCUUACUGGCGUGAGAGAGUAUCUACUGUCCGAGGAAUACACGUGUCCCUACCCGUUUGCGAGGAUACACCUGCACUGAUCCUGGAGUGGUUUCCUAAUUUGGAAGAAAUUUCCCUAGAAGUACAAGAAGAAAUGGAUCUUAAACCUUUAGCCAAUCUAAGCAGGUUGAGAUCUUUAGAGCUAAAAAACAGCCCAACCAUUCCUCUGUCUUACAUGGAAGAAGUGCUUCCUCUUGUUGCUUCGUGCGGCAAGAAACUCCUCAGCUUGAGCUUAGAAAGAUUUGACCUGAUCGAUCUUGCCAAAACUGCUACUUAUUGCCCUAAUCUUCGUUCCUUCAGUGCCCAGUGGUUUACCAUUUUAAGUACGAGUGUUGCGAGAGGAGUGAAGAAGCAAUUCUUGAAUCUUCGUUUUCUUCGUUUACGUCCUAGAGUAAACCGCAAAGUGUCGCCUGAAGCUUGCGAACUUUUGCUCACGAACAGCCAAUGCCUUAAACAUUUAGAGUUUUACUGCAGCUACGGUUUGACGGACUCUCUAGUGAACAAUUUGCUCAAAACCAAUAAGUUCACUCAGCUCCGGACACUACUUCUUAGACAUGGUCACGGACUUUCUUCAAAUGGCAUCCUUCAGAUCACUAGAACUGCUCAAAACUUACGUGUGUGGGAUGUCGGCAUGAUAUAUUCCAAACAAGUCAAUGCCUGAAAUCGAUCAACAUACCGGUGUGAAGGAUUAAAACCUAGUCACUAAGUGUACAUAACUGCCAAAGUGUAAACAUAAAGAUCGGUGACGAAACAUCUUCUGGGUCCAAAAAACAUUCAAUCUAAGUUUUUUCCCAAAUGUUCAAAGAACAAUGUUACUUAGGAUUUUAAGAAAAAAAAAAAAAAACUGCAUUUGUAUUCCAUAGGUUUCAAACAUAUACCAUGUGCUUCAAAAGGUAAAUAAUUUGUUACGAAUCAUUUUUUAAUUAUUAUAUUUUGAGAUGUAUCUACAAACAUUUAUGCUUUUCAAGAGAUAAUUUCAUGUUAAAAAUGUGCCUUCUAUUUUUAUAAUCAUUUACAAAAAUGCUUCUUAAGCGCUCAUCUAGAGCUGAGUUUCUCAACCAGUGCCGACCUCCCGAAGCGGUAAAAAAUUUCGCUUACCGGUGAGUUUUUUUCUACUACUAUUUAUUUUAACUCUAUUUUACAUUAAAAAAAAAAAGACUUGACUGAAGUGGGUAAUUACGAACUGUUAAGCUAAUUGUAACAAUUUUGUUAUGUUUUACUACAUACAAUAACACUUAAAUGUAAAUAGGCUAUUGUACAUAAAUGAAUUAACCAGUGAAUUAAAUCACAGUAAAUUGCAAAUUAUGAGAAAAAAUU